AUGCCCGCCAAGGCCGCCGCUAAGCCCGCCAAGCCCGCCACGAAGGCAGCGCCCAAGCCCGCCAACAAGGCUCCCGCGCCGAAGGCUGCUGCCGCGAAGCCGGUCGCCAAGGCUGCGCCGAAGGCCGCCGCCCCCGCUGCCCGCCCCGCUUCUGGCCCGUCCAACGGCGUGUACGUGAAGAACUGGGGCACUGGCUCUGUUGCCGACGCCACAAAUGUGUUUUCUGCCGCCGGCAAGGUGACCAAGGUACAGCUGCGCCGCCAGCGCUACGCCAUUGUCUUCUUUGAAAACUCCGCCGCUGUGAAGAAGGCCAUCGACCUCUUCAACGAGAAGGAGGUGCUCGGCCAGACUGUGCUGGUGGUGCCCGCUAAGACCAGCCCCAAGCCGGACGCGCACGAGAACUCCUCGUGCGUGUUUGUCAGCCCCAUCUUCCGCCCUUCGACGACGAAGAUGCAGGUGAUGGAGCUGUUUGCUGGUGUGAAGGUGCUGCGCCUGCGCAUGUACCGCCAGAACUUCGUGUACGCCUACCUCGACUCCCCCGCUGCAGCGAAGAAGUUCGUGGAGGAGAAGAACGGCACUGAGUUCCGCGGCCACACACUGCGUGUGGCGCUGUCGGCUCGCUCUCUGGAGAAGCUCCGCGCUCGCCAGGAGGCCGCCACUGUCGUCAUGGCCGCUCACCGCCACCACAAGGCGCACGAGCGUCAGUAA